CAAGGCGAUCUUCAGAUCCAGCAGGCUCAGACGCGGAAGAGGAGUGAGCGGUUUGUGACUGGCCUGCGGCUCGAUCUAUGUCUGCUGUGACGACCACGUGCUCGCCUGCCGACCAAACACUGUCCUUGUCGUCAACGCCCCGUUGCGAUUGACGUCGCAGCAGGCAGAUAGAUCUGGACGUCUGCUAAUAUUCGCGGUAGGCGUCACACUAGCGUGCACGUCGGACAGCUACGCUACUCCCACGAUUCUGUACCAGGCGCAAGCCUCGCCGAGGACGACGCUGAUCUGGCUUCUGCGCAUCGCAUACAAAGAUCGGCUCCCUGCUUGUUGACCGCCAGCCCGGCUAAGUCCGCAAGGGCACGGGACAGUAUCUUUGUCAGUCAUCAUGGGUUGCUGCAGUACAGCGCAAUGGAAGCGAGAGGAAGUACCAGAUCACAAGUUUGACUUUGUCGACGUCUCGGAUUUUCGAGACGAGGGCUUUGGCGCAAGGCUGAAAUAUGCUUGGCUGUACGUCAUCCUCAUCAAGUCAGCGGGCGUCUAUGUUGCCGAUCUUUAUACUGCCAUAGCCAUGUUGGCAUCCAAUCAUUGGUCGGGCUCCCUGAUAGCAGAUGCAGGCGGCUCAACGGCAGUCACGGUGCCUUUCAAGAUCGGAAAGUGGAUCUUCACAGGCUGUAUCUUGCUCUCCUUUCUGCUGCUAGCAUGGGAAGCAAAGAAGGCACGCGCCAUUGUCAGAAGUAGAGACAUCAGCUUCGCCUUUACCAACGUCAUGGCGAACAACUGGUACUCGAUCAGAAGCUACGAUCACUUUUGCUUCUUCUGUCAGGUCAGCUCGUCAAAGAAGAAGAAGGACGACUUUGCGUUCUUCGUCUUUUUCACCUUCAAGGGAUGGAAGCGCCUGCUACUGGCCGACGCGCCAAGACAAUUUAUCAACGGCUUGACGCUAUACUCGUUUGGAAAAGCCAAUCACUUUACGACCGACAUCAGCCAAUACUAUGCCGGCUCAAUCGUCAAAGCAGGCGUGCUCGUGACAAUGAUCUUUACCGUCACAGUCUGGAUUGGCUCAGCAAUACUGCUCGCUGUCGCAGCUAUCAUGUACAUCCCGCUGCUUUGCUACAUCCAAGGCAAUCUCAAGGAGUACUGCUGCCACAAGAUCGACAAGAGAAUUGCUGAGCUCAUGAAGCGCAAGACAAAGCGACGGCGGAUGCAAGCUGCUGAGCAAGCCAAGCGAGAAGCACAGGGCGAUUAUUCGCACCUGAAAGAUAAGCAUGGCAACCUAGUACGAGAGCCAUUGGCACAACCCACGUUGCCCAAAGUCGACCUGGGCGCGUCAGACUACGACACCAAAUCUGACUAUGGUUCGACUGCGCCCUCUGCUUUACCUAACGGUUAUGCUGGACGGGAUCACUAUUACCCGCCAGAUGGCAACAGCUAUGCGAUGAAGCGUUACAGCUCGUACAACUCGGAUCAAUACAGCGACAAGGACUACGAGCCCUCAAUCGUCACUGCUGCAUCGUACGAUAACCUUUUGGCAAAUCAGAGCAAUGCGACUUUGGUCUCACGCGAGACGUCUUAUAGGUCUACGAAUCUCAAGCACGCCCAUUCGUACAACCGAGAAGACCUACCACCCGUGCCCACGCUUGCGAGAGAGUACUCGUACGGCCAUCAACAGCCUCUAGAUGACUACGCGCAAGACUACGCCCACGGCAGUGAAGCUCGUUCAGCGCGAGGCCCACAAGGGAAUCCACAGGAGAACAGCUAUCACGAGCAGCACGUCAAUCAUCCGGGUGGCAUCUUCCAGCGCAACGACUCUGUCGUCUAUCCGCGACAGGCCAGCACGUAUGCCAGCUCGGUAUACGAGCAGCAGCCGUCGCACCACAGGCAUUCGAGCAACUAUACACCACCCAAUCGACGCGAGCUGCUCGAGCAGACCGCGCAUGAUCCGUACGCAGCUUAUCAGCCCACAUACCGCUGAUCUAGACGCCUGACUUGUUGUAUUGAAACCUGCACUCUGUCGUUUCCUCUUGGGAUUAAUCUGGG